UACCAAACACCAUGGAGGCUUCGAUGAAGAUGCAAUGUGAAAAUGGAAUGAUUUUCUCUUGUCAUUUAUUCAGUAAUGUAACUGCAGUCUAUGAAUUUAACCUAUACUCUAUCGGACUGUCGUUGUAUAGAAUAUAAAUAUAUUUUUGAGAGAGAAUCUGAUCACGGGUAUGCCUGGCGCAGCCAACGGACCGUUAUGAUUAGAAUAUUGGGCAUGGAUUGGAUUGCUGUGUUCUAUCCCAUUUACCUUGUUCCUUAUCAUUCUAUCAUGUUGGACCUGACUAGGCAUGUUCAAAAUUGUGAAUUUGCAGUGCUUGCCACAAGGAAAUGUGACUAUCAGCAUUUUGUUUUUGAGAAAAUGUGAAAGGUAACAGUGGAAUGAUCAUGAGCGACUGUCGACAAACACCUCUUCAGUAUAUGUUUCUUAAGAUAAUAUUAUUUUUGCUAUGCUCUGUUGCGCAGGCGUGCUCGCCGGGACGCUGUCACUGCACUUCACAACAUUCUUGCGUGAUGUAGCCUAUAGGAAUGUGAAGGAAACGGAGCAAUAAAAUGCAUCGACAAAAUGGUCUUGCUUCGCCGAAAGGAUUUAUUAGUGAUCCUUAAAAUACAUUGUGCCAACGAAGAAUGUCAGGGACAUCAAAUGCAGAAUCUUCUGAAGGAGUAGUCUCCAAAGUGAAAGUAAAAAAGCAGAUCAAGACAAUCAUGAAGGAUUUGGAGACCAUCCUGGGAGACUUGAGGGAUGUGGCCAAAGAGCUCAAAGAGGUUGUGCAUGAGAUCGACUCCCUCACGUGUGACCUACAGCUGGAGGAGGCGAUGACGGACAGUUCCAAGACAGACACCCUGAACAGCAGCUGUAGCAGCAGCACCACCACAGCCUCCAGCAUUGACAAGAUCAAGAUCUACCCUGACGACGCUAUCUUUAGGCCCCCGUCUGUCAUCCCUGCUGUCCUGACUGUGCUGAAGAAGCCCCACCCUCCUCUCCCGCCUCCCAGGCUGACAUCUAUCAAAGCGGAGGAGAACAACAAGAAUCCUCCAUCAGGGAACCUACUAGCCAAGGCUAACGGGACUCUUAUGUGCAAUGAAGUUUUCACAGGGAAGCCAAACAGAGACUUAUUGUACUGCAUCUCAAAUAGUAUUCCAGAGAAAGGACGUACACCCAUGUCUUUGCUACGGCAUGAAGAGAGCAAAUGCCACCAGGCCACCAGGGAGCGGGUCCGAUUCAGUGAAAAGGUCCAGUAUCACGGGUACUGCCCUGACUGUGACCUGCAAUAUGACGUCAAUAACACAGAUAUACACUUACAGACAGAAUUGACUGAAGAAAUGAGCCCUGUCCAUCAGUGUUCCUCCUCCUCACCACCACCCCAGCUCCUGUUGGAAAAUGGCGGCCUCAGUGUCAGCCAUAGUUUCCCUCCUGCAAACUCGCCUUGUGUGCCUCAUCCUAACCCUUCCUUGAAACCACAGAAAACCAUCCUCCGAAAAUCAACCACCACAACGGUUUGAAAAUCAACCACCACAACGGUUUGAUGUUAAUCGCCCUUAAUUAAACAUUUAAAAAUUAUAGUGUUCUAUUUCUAUUUUACGAGUUUUCUACUCCAGUCAAACAUUGAUUAAUCUAAACAAUGAGAAAAAAAAGAGACUAUGCACAAGGAGAGAGUGAAUGGUGAGUGAGUGCCAACCGACAACUGUCCUUAUAGUGUAAGGGAGUUUGGCAGGUUUGGGUUGAGAGAAGUGAAGUUAAAUUGACUCAUAUUUUUGAAGCGAUUCAAGAUACAGGAAGCUGUGUUAGAACAUGUUAUUAAUUUAUGCUUUAGGUUAAACAAGAAACCUAGCUUUCCUCAAAUCCGUCCGCUGCCCAACACACUGUCUGACAGUAUGGCAAUGAGGUCAUACCUUUUCUCACUCAAUAUCGCUCCACUCUCACACUUCACUUGAAGGAUACAAGUACGGAGCUAUAUUGUAUGCACAAUUUUUUUUUGUUAAUUGGCCACAAAAUCAACAUUUUGCAAUAGUCGUCUCUGGAUUUAAACCCCAUUGAAAACCUAUGGUAUGAAUUGAAUAGGGCCAUCCAUAUGAGCAGAUGAAGGAUAUCAAGGAUCUGGAAAGAUUCUCUAUGGAGGAAUGGUCUAGGAAGCUUUCUAACGUGUUCUCCAAUCUCAUAAAACAUUUUAGAAAAAGGCUGUGUCGUUAUCCUUGUAAGGGGAGGGUGCCUAGAGAAUUAUAAACAGGAGUGCCAAUACAUUAUGACCCCUAUCUUUUUGAGAUUUGUUUUUAUUUCUUGUUCAACAAAAUGUCUUUCUGAGCAAUUGUAUUCGUAUAUAAAUACAUACAAUGCCUUCAGAAAGUAUUCAUAACCCUCAACUUAUUCCACAUUUUAUUGUGUUACAGCCUCAAUUGAAAAUGGUUAAAUGAAACAAACACAUGUCCACCCAGCUACACACAAUACCCCCAUACUGACAAAGUGAAAACAUGUUCUUAGAAAUCUUUGGACAUGUAUAGAAAAUAAAAUACAGAAAUCUCACUUACAUAAUAAGUAUUCACACCCCUGAGUCAAUACAUGUUAGAAUCCCCUUUGGCAGCGAUUACAGCUGUGAUUCUUUCUGGGUUAGUCUCUACGGGCUUUGCACACCUGGAUUGUACAAUAUUUGCCCAUUUGUUCUUUUCAAAAUUGUUCAAGCUCUGUCAAGUUGGUUGUUGAUCAUUGCUAGACAACCAUUUUCAAGUCUUGCCAUAGAUUUUCAAGCAGAUUUAAGUCAAAACUGUAACUCGACCACUGUCUCCUUGGUAAGCAACUCCAAUGUAGAUUUGGCCUUAUGUUUUAGAUAAUUCUGCUGAAUCCUGCUGAAAGGUGAAUUCACCUCCCAGUGUCUGGUGGAAAGCAGACGGAACCAGGUUUUCCUCUGGGAUUUUGCCAGUGCUUAGCUCCAUUCCAUUAAGUUUGGUUUAUUGUGAAAAACUCCCCAGUCCUUAACAGUGACAAGCAUGACACAGCCACCACUAUGCUUGACAAUAUGGAGAGUGGUACUCAGUAAUGUGUUGUAUUGGAUUUGCCCCAAAAAUAACGCUUUGUAUUCAGAACAAAAAGUUUGAUUUGCCACAUUUUUUGCAGUACUAUUUUAGUGCCUUCUUUAAACAUGAUGCAUGUUUUGGAAUAUUUUUUAUUCUAUACAGGCUUCCUUCUUUUCACUCUGUCAAUUAGGUGAGCAUUGUGGAGUAACUACAAUGUUGUCGAUCUAUCCUCAGUUUUCUCCUAUCACCAUUAAACUCAGUAACUGUUUUAAAGUCACCAUUGGCCUCAUUGUGAAAUACAUAAGUGGUUUGCAACUGAGUUAGGAAGGACGUCUGUAUAUGUGUAGUGACUGGGUAUAUUGAUACACUCUCCAAAGUGUAAUGAAUAACUUCACCGUGCUCAAAGGUAUAUUCAAUGUAUUUUUUUACCCAUCUACCAAUAGAUGCCCAUCUUUGCGAGGCAUUGGAUAACCUACUUGGUCUUUGUGGUUGAAUCUGUAUAGGUGUUGAAUACUUGACUCAAGACAUUUCAUUUUUUCAUUUUUAAUUCAUUUGUAAAAAAUGUACUUUUGCUUUGACAUUAUGUGGUAUUGUAGGCCAGUGACAAAAAUCUAAAUUAAAUCUAUUUCAAAUUCAACACAAAAAAAAAAGUAAAAAGUCAAGGGGUGUGAAUACUUUCUGAAGGCACUGUAGCUCCGUUUUUGUAUUAUUUAUUUUAUACAGUCUUUUUUGCUCAUCUAUAUCAAGGCUGCCAAUAAUUAGGGACCUGACUGUAUAUAACCAUUCAUCAGAUGUUGGUAUUUUGGUCUUAAUUGAAUAGAACUGUAGUCAAACAGUCAUACCCAUGUGUGUAUGUGGUAGGGCUUUACUAUGUUAUUAUGCCAUUCAAAAACGCAUGAAAGGGUAUGAAUUCAAAGACAUUUAGAACCUAAAAUGGUUAUUUUGCUGUCCCCAUAGGAGAACCCUUUGAAGAACCCUUUUUGGUUCCAGGUAGAACCCUUUUGGUUCCAGGUAGAACCCUUUUGGGUUCAUGAAUUACCCUUUCCACAGAGGGUUCUAUAGGGAACCCGAAAGGGUUCUACCUGAAACCAAAAAUGGUUCUCCUAUGGGGACAGCCAAAGAACCCUUUUAGAAUGAAUGAAAUUAGGCAUACCCUGGAGGUGGAUGGAAAUAGGGGCACCUCCUACUAGCAAGGCUUCUAAAUGAGCAGGACUAGGCUAUUACUGUGCUGAUAGCAAUCUUUCAUACUGCCUUUGUACCACCACAAAUGUUGACAAUGCUCUAAAACCGACAUGGACAAGCGGCGUGUGUUUGAAAUGUGUGUGAGUGUGAACAAAGACAAAAAGCGGGGCGUGAAAUUUUAUGUUGAUGUGACUCAAUGCAUGAUCUCUUUGCUCUAAUGGACAAGCUUACUAACUGCGUUCACCAUUUAGAUAAGGAUUUGUGCUUAUUCAAGCAUUUAUAAAAUUAGGAAUGCCAUGAAGGACAUAGCAAUGUCAGCCCCGCAGGCUUGUGCGCCUGGUCACAUUGAUGAGAUUAGUAGAAACAUUUUAUUCUAGAGAAAUCAAUGUAUUUACCUUCAUCAAGAAGUACAGUGCUAUUGAAAACUAACAGAUUAGGAAACAAUUUCCAGGAAAUACAUAAAUACAUAAUAUAGCCUACUGAAAGGAAAUGCUGAGAGAUCAGUGUUGUGAGAACCUUAAAAGGGCUUCCACCAGAAUGUGCCCACACGAGCCAUAUAAAGAGAUAUCUAUCGCAAUGAUGACUCCCACCCACCCAGCUACAAGUCUUGUAUGUUCCUGGGGGUGGGAGUCUAUUUUAGACAUUUAAAAAUCUUGUGUAAAAAACUAAAACUAGUUGUGCAAAACUCCAACAUUCUAUGUGAAUUGCUUGCCGCCUGGCAAAGAUAAAUAGGCAUACAUGUAACACAAUUACAGUACUGUAGUGCCAAUCCACAAUUACCUAUCAUAUUCUGACAUAUGUAGGCUGCUACUACAGUGCUAGACAAAAUUGUUAAUAUACUCAUCAUGUAUCAAUGGGUUAUGUCUUUCUUUGCUUCCUCAAUCAAAAUAAGAUGAAAAGACAUUAAACAAAAUGAAAAGUGAAAUAUGGCAAGACAAAUAAUACAGUUUUGUGCCAGAGGCUUUCCAUCUAUAAUGGAGAUCUCAAAAGGUCAUUACGAUACAAAAGAGUGCUGAGCUACAUUAUCAAACAUCAGAGUGCUAACAAUACAUCUUGCACGUUAGGUAUGGAUGCUCUGUUAGAUUAGUCCCCCUACUACCAUAUUGCACAUAGAAAUGGUGGAAAGGGAAUGUCCUCUUGCAGUCCUUUGUGUGUUUGAGAGCGAGAGCAUGAGUUUGAGAAAUGUUGUUGUGAAGCAAACUUAAUCAGAGAUUAUUAUGCCCCUUUGGAGACUAUUAAAAGCAGAGGCAUCAGCUGCAUCUCCUUUUUUUAAGGGAAAACAAUAUUACAAUUUGGACUUGUUUAUCACAGCUAUGGUGACACAGCUGUCCAGAUAUACACUCACGAAUUUGUCAAGUGUAAGAAUUGACCAAGAGGCUAUGAGGACUGUAUGAAACCACACACAUUUAGGAAAUACAGUUAGGCCUUUUAUGUCACCCCAAAACUUUACAGAAACUGUAAAAAAAGGGACAGUAUCAACAUUAUACUGUUAUGUGUAAUCACCCUUGAUGUAAGCCAUUUGACUCUGACAUUAGGUAAAGACAGCCCAAUCUUCAAUCCAAGUACAAAGCAUUCAAGUUGACCAACAUCUGUGAGUUACAAACUGUUAGGUUCCAACAACAUACAGGAUUAUUGAUGUUGGCUAUUAUUCUGUUGCUGCAUGCGCAUGUUUUAUAAGAGAAUGUUCUAUUUUGUUCACUCUUUUGCGAUUAGAUGGAGAAAAAAAAGGUGUGAAUGCUCGGAAAGGAAUUGUGCAACAAUUUCUAACAAUUUUUUUUGUUGAAUUGUGGUCAUGUUCUUUUUAAUCUGUUCAUUCCCAUAGCUGCGGCUGUUUAUGCAAGUUCAAUUGCAUUUCCCUCUUAUUGUCAGAAUGCUCAUAUGCAUGUUUUCCUUGUUUCCCCUGCAGGUCCUUCUGGGUAAGAGUGGAAACAACCUUCACUGACAUUAAGCUGAUCAACUUCAGUUCAACAUACAGUCACUGAGAACGAUGCUCCCUACCUUUGACAGAACAUCCCCCAGAACCCCCGAGCCAUGGCCAAAUAAUUCAUCCUCACAGAGAGAGAACAUUGUAAGUCCUCAAGGCAUAGUCUUACUCAUGGAUAAAUAUGGCAGAAGUUCAAAUGUAAUGAAAAAAUAAGAUGAAAACAUUGUGUCCAAGUGGGACUCGUUCAUUUACAACUGAAAUUAAGAUUUUCUGUUUAGUCAUAGGUUAAACUGAUGUCCCCAGCAUUUGGAGAACUCUUCCAGGUGGAAGUCUACUCAGUCUCAACUCCUGUUGAGAGGGCAAGAGAGAGAGAGCGCGAGCGAGAGAGAAAAAAAAAACAUGGUCAAUAUUUUAAAGCCAUAAUUUGAACAAGAAAAACCCACUCAGUUACAGUUUUUUUCUCUGUGGAUUGUGCUAUAUUUACCUUGAAGAUAACCUAUUUGACAUAAACAUCCAGUGAAAUCUGGUAAUCUGCAGUGACUGCUCUGAAGAUAGAAGCCGCAACAUGGUCCUCUAACGUCUAUACUGUAGUAGGGUGUGAAAAACAUACAGUAAAUGUGUCCUUUUGCAAAUCCAACAUACAAUAUGAGGCAAGUUGAAUGGCUCAGAAAUUGUAAUGGAGGCUGGUCACUCAUUUGUGUUCAGAAUAUGUUGUGCAUAUUGAAAUCUAUGUUCAAUGUCAUGCAAGUUACUUGCAAAGAUAUGGCAUACAGCUUUAAACAACUCUCAAAGACAGAAUCAUUUGCAUCAAAUUGUAUUUGUAUAUAUUUAGAGUAAUUUUCUACAGAGAUUUUAACAUAAAAUCUAAUAUUUUUGAUAUUCCAUGGGAUGAGAGUAGUAUUUUGAAGAAGACUGUCAUACUUUUGAAAUACAUUUAUCUCUGCAGGGCAUAUGUGGAUAUUCUAUUUCUAUAGUGAGAGAGUAUUUAUAUAGAUUUUAAAAAACAUGUUAUCGUUAUGUUACAGGGGUGUAAAAAAAAUGUGUAGCACAUGAAAGCAAACUAGAUUAAACCAAAUACAGUACAUUGUUGUGCUCAGAGGAAGCAUGAUGCUGAAUGAAUGCACAGCUGAUUCUUCUUCCACCUCAUCCUGUCAUCACUGUGGUCUCCUAUGCAUUUACUGGAGAGGCUGUUGAGACAUGCUGCCCCUUCCACAAACUGGAGUGCACCUCACCUUUGCCCACCCUUAGCUGAUGUGGACUUUGUGACUGUGUGUCCUUGUCUCUCUGGACCACUAAUGACUUUGUUUUGAAGAGGAUGGAACGUAACAAAACAAACUUUGUCAAUGACGAGUCGGGAAAACAAUGUAUAUGUCCACAUCUUUAUGAAUAAUUUGCACUUUGCACUUAUGUUAGUCUUUAUACUUUGUGGACUUUAAUACGUGAAUUACAGAAUAAUUUCAAGUA